ACUUCACACUCGGAGGAAACACAAAAACCAGAAGAAGGUUCGGAAUUUAAAACUACUCAAAACAUUACCUUUGUUUGUCUGAUAACUGCAUGAUGUACUUCAAAACCUCCCUGCCCACGCGCAUCCCUACACUUGUAUCGUACUCUCCCACACCUCAUCCCCCUUUUUCACCUGAUCUCUAAUCAAAAAUUACAGUCUCGUCGUCAAAGCAAUAAAGUUCACAAAAAUUACAACUCUUAUCUGUUUUUGCUAAAAUAUCUUGUAAUUACUCUAAAACAAACAAGGUGGCAAGUAUGAUUGGAUUUAAUGGAGGCGCGUGUACUGCACAAUGCACUUGGUUGGUGAGUUAGUUUGCUUCACAAUGGAAGGUGGACUCCCCAUGCUCAACUGUCUCUUGCAGCACACACUAAGAAGUCUCUGCUCACAUUCUGAUUCUUCUUCUUCUUCUUCAUCCAAAUGGGUCUACGCCGUUUUCUGGAGAAUCCUCCCAAGAAAUUUCCCUCCUCCAAAGUGGGAGUUCGGAGGAAGUACGCUUGAUCGAUCAAAGGGGAACAAACGGAACUGGAUUCUUGUUUGGGAAGACGGGUUCUGUGAUUUCCAUGAAUGUGAACGUGCGGGAAGUGGGUAUAUAAAGGGGAGGUUUGGUGCUGAUAUCUUCUUUAAAAUGUCUCACGAAGUCUACAAUUAUGGAGAAGGAUUGAUGGGAAAAGUUGCCGCAGACAACAGUCAUAAAUGGGUGUUUAGAGAAAACUCAAAUGAAAAUGAUCCUAGCUUCAUCUCUUCAUGGAAUGUGUCUGUUGAGCCUCAACCGAAGGCUUGGGAAAUUCAGUUCAGGUCAGGCAUUCAGACAAUCGCCAUAAUUUAUGUCCGAGAAGGCAUAAUUCAACUGGGUUCUUUCGGAAAGAUUAUGGAAGAUCUCAAUCUGGUGAUCAGCAUCCAGAGAAAAUUCAGCUAUCUCCAGAGCAUCCCCGGAGUAUUCGCAAUUCAAAGGUCAUAUCUACCGAUCAAACAUCCAUACAUCCUCAAACCCAAUACCCAGAUUAUCGAAAGCGUAGAAACAGAUAACAAGAACAAAUCCCAGUCAACAGGAGCCAAACGAUCAUUUGCCGAAAACCCAGAUGAGUCUGCUAUCAAAUCCGUCAACUUCGGAUGGAACAGCCCACAAAAUGGAAUUACACCAGGACCACCUUUUUGGUCAAUCCCUCCGCUUUUGCCCACCAUGUCUUGCAGUCUUGGAGCUCUGCUAUCAAAGCUCCCUUCUGUUAUACCCUCUUGUACCGACAUUGAAGCUCCUGACACAGCUCUGAUCAACAACAUGAUGAUCAGUACAAGCUGCCAGAGAUAUAAGAAUACAGCAGGGGAUGGAGCAAUUAGUGAAGCUGAAAUGGCUAACAGGAGGACGGUGGUGGUGGAGUCGUCGUCGUCUUCCUCGUGUCAAUUAAAUGCUACUCGAGAAGAGAAAGCACAUUGUACGGGCAAUAAUUUAGAGAAAGGGGAUGGGGUGAUGAUAGCCAGGGAGUUAGGAUUUGGACCUUUCGGGGUGAAGGAGACAGAGCAUUAAAGUUUGAUUAUUGGGACAAAAUCAUGUAUUUAUCCCAUUAAAGAGAUGGGUUUAGAGUAUUUUAAUUUGGGUGUUUUGAUUGAACAGGGUUAGGUGGUGGGUUGGUGAUGAACAUAUGAUGAUAGGCUAAGACUGCUCAAGAAACCACCAUUAAACUGAUUAUUCAUCAUCUUUCUUGCUAUGGUUUAGGUAAUCAUAGGACAUUAUCAUAAUGAAGUGUAAUUUAUUUGUGUA